UUUCAGUUUUAAAUAAAUCCCAAAACCAAAAAUGGCGUUUAUCAAGUUAUGCAUAUUUGCUUUGGCUAUAGGUUGCACUGUGGCCCAACGUCCCGGCUUUAGAGCGGGUGCCGGUCAUCCACACUCCCAAAGGCAUUUACCCAAAAGACCCACCGAUCCACCACCAGUAGCAGAGGAUUACAAGCCCACCAAACAGUGUCCCGAGCCCAUUGGUUUCUUUCCCAGCGAUGAGCAAUGUGAUAAAUAUUAUGCUUGUGUUGAUGGUGUGGCGACUGAAAAAUUAUGCGCUGAUGGCAUGGUAUUUAACGAUUACAGUCCCAAUGAUGAGAAAUGCGAUUUGCCCUAUAAUAUCGAUUGCAGUAAGAGAUCAGAAUUGCAAACUCCCCAACCCUCUGAACAUUGUCCCCGUAAAAAUGGCUACUUCGGCCACGAGAAACCCGGCACUUGCGAUAAAUUCUACUACUGUGUUGAUGGUAAAUUCAAUAUGAUCACCUGCCCCUCAAGUCUGGUAUUCAAUCCCAAAACCGGCAUCUGCACCUGGCCCGAUGAGGUGGGCGUGAUUGGUUGCAAAUCCGAAGACAUAUUCGAAUUCCAGUGCCCCAAAGUAAAUGAAACCGAGGCAGCCACACAUCCCCGUUAUGCCGAUCCCGAUGAUUGCCAGUUCUUUUAUGUGUGUGUGAAUGGUGUGAUACCACGCAGAAAUGGCUGCAAAUUGGGUCAGGUGUUCGAUGAACAGAAGAAAUUGUGCGAGUGGUCUCGUAAUGUGCCAGAAUGUGCCGAUUGGUAUAAGGAUCGUUUGAGCGAUGCCGAAUUGGAAGAAUUGGAAAAUCCCAAGCCCAAAGCCAAGAAACCCACACGUGUACGCGGUCCUCAUAGACGUAAGAACGCUCCUGUGGUUGCUAAAGAGGAGGAGGAGGAAGAAUAAUAAUUUAUUUGUUGGAGUGUUGCAGCAAAGCUGCUGUUUGCAGCUUUUAAUUUAAAAUAAUAAAGUUUAGCUUUAGUUUUGCAAAAGAAUUGUGUGUUAAUUGUAAAUUUUUUAGAUGUUUUUGUUAAAUUUUUUGUAUAAACAAUUAUGUAUUUGAAUGAGAAGAAAAAUGAAGUAAAAACUAAAUUUUAUAAAAAAUAAAAAAAAA